AUGGGAUGGAAAGCACCUGAAAGCCCUUCUCGCUGUGCAAACGGAUGUGGUUUCUUUGGCAGUCCAGCAACCCUUAACCUCUGCUCCAAGUGUUACAGGGACUUCUGCCUCCAACAGGGCAAACCCUCCUCCUCUGCAAUAACAACUUCAAAAACUGUGCAACUGCAGCAGAAACACCCACAACAACUAUCACUACUCCCCUCAUCGUCUUCUGGAAGUCCUGUUGAGAUUUCUAAUCCCACAGUCCUUGCCAGUGCCAUUAAUGAAUCAUCUCCGGUGGUGAUGAUGAAGAAUAAUAAGUGUAUGAGUUGCAGUAAGAAAGUAGGUUUGCUAGGGUUCAACUGUAGGUGUGGAAGUAGUUUCUGCUCAAAGCACAGGUACCCUGAGAUGCAUGAUUGUACUUUCAAUUACAAGGUUGUGGGUCAAGAAGCUAUUGCUAAGGCUAAUCCAUUGGUCAAGUCUGAAAAGAUUGAGAGGUUAUGA